AUGAUCCGCUUCGGCUGCUCGCAGCUCGUCGUCGCCCGCAUGGACCCCCUGGUCAACCCGGGCCUCCCACAGUCCCCCCACGUGCACCAGGUAGCCGGCGGCAACUCGUUCAACAUUAGCAUGGACCCGGAGACCCACGACCUCGUCCGCGACUCGACAUGCACUACCUGCACCUUCUCCGAGGACUUCUCUAACUACUGGACCGCCGUCCUCUACUUCCGCGCCCGCAACGGAACCUACAAGCGCGUGCGCCAGUUCCCCAAUGCUGGUUUGAGAACCGACGGUGGCUUGACCGUGUAUUACAUUCCACCCUACGAUGGCAAGACCAAGGUGACGGCCUUCAAGCCGGGCUUCCGCAUGCUGGUCGGGGACGCGUCGCUGCGGCAGGCCGAGGGGAUGCAGAAGCAGCUGUGCCACCGGUGCCUCGGGGCCGAGUACGACCAGGGCGGCGCCCCCUGCACGGGCUCCGACUCCCAGACGCUGCCCGACCAUUUCUGCGACGGCGGCAUCCGCACCACCGUCACCUUCCCGACCUGCUGGGACGGCAAGAACAUCGACAGCCCGGACCACAAGAGCCACGUCGCCUACCCCGAGACGGGCUCCUUCGAGACCACCGGCCCCUGCCCGGACAGCCACCCCGUCCGCUUGCCCCAGCUCAUGUACGAGGUCAUGUGGGAUACCACCGAGUUCAACGACAAGGACCUCUGGCCAGAGGAUGGUUCCCAGCCAUUUGUUUGGAGCACGAACGACCCGGUCGGCUACUCCCAACACGGUGACUACAUGUUUGGCUGGAAGGGCGAUUCCCUGCAGCGAGCUCUCGAUGCUCGUUGCGGGAAUGCCGUCUGCAAGGAGCUCCGGACCCAGACGUCCGAGGAGGCCAUGCGCUGCACGCUGCCGCAGUACGUCCCCGAGGACGUGGACGGAUGGCUGGAUCACAUUCCUGGCGUGGGCGACGUUGUGGAUGGUGGAAAGAACUAG